AUGCACAAGAUCAUCCUCUAUUUUCUUGUCCUGGCUGCGAUCCUCGAUGUUGGACUCGCCAGCUACGAUAGCCCGAGGUUCUUGAGGAAUCAGCCGAGAAGUGUGCAGCAGGGGUACUAUGCCAUUGCAAAUAAUACCCAGUUGAGUUUGAAUCAGAAGCAAAUGGAGCUGCGGCAGUGGGCGCAGGGGCACAAUUUGUUGAACCAAUACAUCACGUUCGAUCAGAAACAAUCCCAACAAGAGCUACAAAUGAACCAAGCCACGGACCGCAUCAUCUCCCAACUCCCAUCCGUUAAAUCUCAACUCAAGGCCAUUUUGGACCAGGACAACCUUACGGGAGCCCAAAUUCAACAGGCCGUCGGACAGCUGGCCGGGAGGUAUCCACAGCAGCUUGCAACUCUGAUGUUCAUCAGGGAAGACAUUCAGAAGCAGUUUACAGAGGAUUAUUGAGAAAACUUUAUUAAAAUUAAAACAAAUGAAAAUUAAGUUUUAUA